AUGACCGACCUCCUGGGAACCUACACCAAACCCCUAGCCUUCCUCGGUCUCUUCACACUGGGAAAAACAGCCUUCUCCCUAACCCGCCAAGCAAUAACCUACCUCCUCCCAAGUACUCUCCAACGCUACAACCCCACCAAAACAAACUGGGCCCUCGUCACCGGCGCAACAGACGGAAUAGGUUUCGGCUUCGGUCAGGAGCUCUGCGCGCGUGGUUUCAAUGUUAUCCUACACGGCCGGAACGCCGAGAAACUCGAGCGUCGUCGGAGCGAAUUACAGGCACUCUUCCCUGCAGUCUAUGUUGCUGUGAUUGUGCGCGAUGCGCAGAAUUUGACGGCUGAUAUUGAUGAUGUUGAUGCGGAGGUCCGCGAUAUUAUUCGUCGCAGUAAUGAGACUGCUGGUUCCGAUUCCCAGGGUCAUCCCGGAAGAUUAACUGUCCUUAUUAAUAAUGUUGGUGGUGAGACGAGACCUUCUACACUCCUCAAAGAAUACACCUUUGAGGAUGUGCAGGCGACGAUUUCACGGAAUGCGACGUUCGCUAUUCAAAUUACCCGUGUGCUGGCGACACAGUUGGAAGAGAAUGCGCCUGGUCUUGUGAUGAAUGUUUCCUCGCUUGCGUCGUUUGGAAUGCCGUAUAUCAGUAUUUAUAGCUCUACGAAGGGGUUUGUGGAUUCUUUUACAAAGUCGCUGCACGCGGAGUUUGCGGCUGAAGGGAAGAAGAUCGAGGUUGUGGGGUUGCGAGUUGGCGAGGUCAGAACUGCUGGGUUUGAUGUGAAAACUAACUUGUUCGUUCCUGAGGCGAGAGUGCUGGCUGCUGCUGCCUUAGAUCGGGUUGGGUGUGGACAGGAGAUUGUAUGGGCUUAUUUCUGGCAUUGGUUGCAGGGCUUGUCGUUUGAUUAUCUACCGCGCUGGAUGUUGAUGAAGGUUGCUGUGAUGAAGAUGAAGGCAAUCAGAGCAGAUCUAGACGCUAAGGUGAAGAGCAGCUGA